AUGAAUAACACCAGCUUUGCCAACGUGUCCUCAGCCAACAAGACCAUGAUGGGGAGCCCUUACAAAACAGUGGAGGUGGUAUUUAUUGUCAUUGUAGCUGGUUCACUGAGCCUGGUGACUAUUAUUGGAAACAUCCUGGUCAUGGUCUCUAUUAAGGUCAACCGACAUCUACAGACAGUCAACAACUACUUCCUGUUCAGCUUAGCAUGUGCUGAUUUAAUUAUUGGGGUUUUUUCCAUGAACCUCUACACACUGUACACUGUGAUAGGUUACUGGCCAAUAGGACCAGUGGUGUGCGAUCUCUGGUUGGCUCUGGACUAUGUUGUCAGCAAUGCCUCAGUGAUGAACCUCCUCAUCAUCAGCUUUGACCGGUACUUCUGCGUCACAAAACCACUGACAUAUCCAGUGAGGCGAACCACCAAAAUGGCUGGAAUGAUGAUUGCUGCAGCGUGGGUGCUGUCCUUUAUCCUUUGGGCCCCUGCUAUACUCUUCUGGCAAUUCAUUGUUGGUGGAAGAACUGUCCCAGAUGGAGAGUGUUAUAUCCAGUUCUUCUCAAAUGCCGCAGUUACAUUUGGCACAGCUAUUGCAGCUUUCUAUUUGCCAGUCAUCAUUAUGACUAUAUUGUACUGGCAGAUAUCUCGGGCCAGCAAAAGUAGAAUAAAAAAGGAUAAAAAGGAACCAACCACUAAUCAAGAUCCCAUUUCACCAAGCAAUGUUCAAGGUAAAAUAGUGAAACCAAACAAUAACAAUCUUUCAGCCAUGGAAGAUGGUCUAGAUCAUAGCAAAAUCCAGAAUGGAAAAGCCUCUAGAAAUUCUGUAACAGAAAAUUGUGUCCAAACAGAAGGAGAGGAGAAAGAGAUCUCCAAUGAUUCGACUUCUGUGAGCGUAGUAGGCUCAAAUGCAAAAGAAGAUGGACCUUCCAAAGAUGCUCCUCAAGCUUCAGGAUCUCAAGCCCUUCCAAAAGUUGAAAACUCCAAGAUGACCUGUAUACGAAUAGUUACAAAAUCACAAAAAGGUGACUGUGGAUCUACAAGUGGUACCACAGUAGAAAUUGUCCCAGGAUCCAAUGGUCGGAAUGGAGAAGACAAGCAAAAUGUUGUUGCUCGAAAAAUUGUAAAGAUGACAAAGCAGCCAGCCAAAAAGAAAAUUCCACCAUCCAGGGAAAAGAAAGUGACAAGGACUAUCUUGGCUAUACUUCUAGCUUUCAUUAUAACUUGGACACCUUACAAUGUAAUGGUUCUAAUCAACACGUUUUGUGAUGUAUGUGUACCUAACACGGUGUGGACAAUUGGCUAUUGGCUUUGCUAUAUCAACAGUACGAUCAAUCCUGCUUGCUAUGCGCUCUGCAAUACUGCUUUUAAGAAGACUUUCAAGCACCUACUAAUGUGUCAGUACAAAAACAUAGGUACGGCAAGGUAA